GGAAAGGGGAACCAGCAACAGCCGCUACAUUUCCUUCUCGCUCUUGGGACACUCCCGCCGCUUAGAACGCGGCUGCGUGCGAGCGGACGGCCACAGAGGAGGAGCUCUCAGCCUCUAAUAACGCGGAGGGGUUAGCAGUGGCCACCAUGGGUUCUGUGAAUUCCCGAGGUCACAAAGCAGAAGCCCAGGUGGUGAUGAUAGGCCUCGACUCAGCUGGCAAGACCACGCUCCUGUACAAACUGAAGGGCUACCAGCUGGUGGAAACCCUGCCCACUGUUGGUUUCAACGUGGAGCCUCUCGAAGCCCCGGGCCAUGUGUCUCUGACGAUGUGGGAUGUGGGGGGACAGACCCAGCUGAGGGCCAACUGGAAGGACUACCUGGAAGGCACGGAUGUCCUCGUGUAUGUGCUGGAUAGCACAGAUGAAGUUCGCUUGCCCGAGGCAGUGGCUGAGCUCAUGGAAGUCCUGAAUGAUCCACACAUGGCCAGCGUCCCUUUCUUGGUGCUGGCCAACAAACAGGAGGCGCCUGAUGCUCUGCCGCUGCUUGGGAUCAGAGACAGGCUAGGCCUGGAGAGAUUCCAGGACCGCAGCUGGGAGCUCCAGGCCUGUAGUGCCCUCACCGGCGCUGGGCUGCCCGAGGCCCUGCAGAGCUUGAGACGGCUCCUGAAAUCCCGCUGCCACUGUGUCUCCACGUGAGCACCGGUGUGGCAGGGAGUGGGGAGAGCACGAAGACUUGAUCUGGGCAGAGCAGUGAGUCUUUGCCUAUACGAACUGAAAGAAGCAGCUAGUCCCUGCUUGUCAAACAAGAAGUCCUCUGUGCUUGGACAGGAUAUUUUCUUCUUGGGGCUUAUUGUCACUAGUGUUUAUGUUGAAAACCAACUAUUCUUUGAAUAAUAAAUAAUACUCUUAAGGGAAAAAAAAA